AUGUCAUCAAUAGAGGGAUGGACGAAACAUCGUCCCGUGGGAGUGUGGAUCAUGGACGUCUGGUGGUUCACCAAACUUGAGGUAGAUGAAGUUGAGUUCCAAGAAGAAACCAGAGAGCUUCGAGUGACCCUUGCCACUUACUCACAGAUGGAGCAGGUGCUGAGGAACGCCAUCAGAAACGUCGGCCGCAGAGUGGGAAACACCGCAUUUUUGGACCUUUUCGUCAAGCUAGGCCGAACUCCGGCAAACGCCAACCCGGCGUUCGAGUCAGUCUCGAGAAUGGAGAUAUACAAGGACUUGGAGGAAGGCGGAACCGACGUUAGCGUAGUUGACAUCGCAUACGGAGCACAGGAACUAGGAUGUAAAACGGCCGAAGAAGCGGAAGGAGAUGAAGACGAACCACUCAUCGACUCGAUAACUCUGCACGGCCGCCGAUUGGAGCUAACGCGCGAUCAGCAGGAAGCACUGGCACUGGGAAACAGCAAAUAUCCACUAAUAGCAAUUCAGGCUGCGUUUGGAACAGGCAAGACGGUUGUUGGCGCCUGCGUGGCCAUACGCCAAGCUCUCGCUGGACAACGGGUCAUCAUCACCGCCUCCACCAAUACCGCCGUAGCCCAGUUCGCGAACACCAUCCUCGAAUUCGGGGAGGCGCAGCAGGUUGGAGUGACUCGCUUCGUAGCAGAAGCCAUCGCUUUCGACACGGACGCGCCGACAACCGCCGUGGACCUUCCUGAAAUCUUGAAGAUGAUCGGAACGGUGUUCCAAAGACAGCUCACGAGGAGGGAGAAAGAGACGUGCCGGAUCUUCACGCAGGGACGAAUACGAUACGAAAGAACUACCAACCUGAUGAUUAAAGUCUUCGUCUUCUCGGAAGGAUGGAAAGCUUUGAAUUGUUAUGGAUCCCCCACAUCGACCUUGUACCAGGGAUUGGAUCUUUCAUCACGAGUACUGGACAUGGUUAAGGAUAAGUUCUACUUUAUGCGUACAGCUGUGGAUAGACAGAAACAAGGAAUUCAGAAUCUUAGGAAUGCUCCAAUCAAUGACUAUGAGAUAGCAUCAUUGGAGCCAGCAAUGAUGCAGACGAUAGCAAAACUGUCUAGAGUAAUUAGCAAUCCAUCGCUUCUAAAUCGACUUGAUACACUGGACACUUCUAACCUCAUUGGUGGAUUGGCAACUCUUAGGAGCAUUCUUCCUCCUGGCAGGGCCGAUUUCGACGCAAAAUUCCGUUCUGAAGGAGCUGCCAGAAUGAUCUCUCAAGCACUCUCUCAGAUCAACAUUAUUACAAACUCUCUUGGUAUUUGA